ACAUCGGGCGCGUCACGUCUGCAGACUAAGAUUAUUGUCCCGAACGAGACAGGCGAUGGCGAGAGCAAAGUAGCCGAUGGCCGGUUCUUGCCAGUGUCGCUCAUGUCAGCGCCGUCCGGAACGGAGCUUGCACUUUGCGCUCACCCCGAGGCAGAAAUGUGCGUGGGUCGGAACGAGUCAUUCCCGAUUUCUCCCGCUGCACCGCAAGCAGCCAACCCCACCGCAAUAAACAUCACCAAAGCGAUUCACCACGAUGUCAGAGCCUUGCCCACGUUUUCCGGUGUUGCCUCACCGCCUCCCCAUAACUCUCAGUCCUUCGAACAGCCUUGUCAGCCCACGCCUGACCCCACUGCGUCUCGUCGCCAAACUCGCGUCGCCUACGUGACCUACAGCAGACCCGUGCUCCUGGUGUCAGUCUCAACAGAAAACCCGCAAGAGCCGCGUCGUCUUCGACUUCACCACCGAGGAGAUGGCCCAGUACUUCCAUAUGUCCCAGCGCGAAGCCGCACAGCAGCUCGGCGUCGCCACGGGUCACCAUCAAGCGCAACUGCCGGCGCCUCGGGCAUCGUCUGGCCCUACCGCCUCAUGAAGUCCAAGAAAGAACGCCAUCAACUGGUCGGCCCAUCUCGCGCGAGGAUGCGCAGCGUAUCCGAAAAGGAGCGCGCUCUAGAACGUGCUAAAGCCGGUCGCUCGCCCUCGAACCGCAGCCGUAGUCGAUCUUUAUCCAGCUCCCGCUCAUCGGAUCUUUCGGACGACGAGACUGCAGCCAAGGCAAUCGCUCUGCUCAGCCACAGCAGUAGUGUCAAGCUUACGGAGGCCGGUCGCGCCUUCGCUCGAUUGCCACUAGACUGCAUGGACAUAUCCAACUAGAGUCACUGCCUUCUCCGUGGUGUUGUCCCGUGAGUGACUUAGUGUACUCUUAAUCUAUUGCUGCAAAUUAGAUGC